AUGGGCAUAACUGAUCUUAUUUGGAAUGCAAUAUCACUCCCCAAGCAGAGAUUCAUCCUCUGGUUAGCUGUGCACAGCAAGUUACUAACAAAGGAAAGAUUGAUCAAGAUGAAUAUCCCUGUUGAUGAGGUUGUGUGUUGUUUGUGUGAUAAAAAAGAUCUUGAAAUCAAUCACCAUCUGUUUGUCACUUGCAGUUGGUUCUGUGAAGUCAGAAAUGAAAUGAUGCAGUGGACAGGUAUUAAGUUGCCUGCUGUAGGGAUCAAACAAGUGCUAGAAGUUGUAAAGAACAGGCAUUGGAGAAAGUUUGUGAAGGAAAUUGUUGCUGCUCUAAUAAGUGGAAUGGUGUAUUAUGCUUGGCGUGCCAGAAAUUGGAGAUUGUUCAAGAAAAUCAAUAUUAGUCCCAGCGAUGCUGUUGCAAGGAUUAAAUAUGAAGUGGUGGCCAGAAUAGAUAUCUUCAAACUAGCUCAAAAAUUUAUUAGGAGUAGAAGUUUUCAUCCAAGAUUAUGUGUUUAG